CAGGCCCUUGUAGUAGAUGUCAGUUAGGUAUGAGAGUAAAUCAUUAUCUUUGGCAGAUGUAGUGGUGCAGAAAAUAACUAAAUACCAACACCUUAAAGAUGAAGUUCAAGAACUGAUGAAUGCCGCUACAAAUAAAUUUAUUUGAUUUCCUACAGUAGUACGUGGCAAGUGGUAUCAAGGCAACUACAAAUUGUUAUCAGAAUUACGACUGUCUGGUUCCCAUCAGGAGAAUUUCACGUAUCAUCUAUCAAAUUGGGCACUAUUUACAUCAGUAGAAAUUGUACAUGUGUUUUCUAGUAAAGCACAGAUUAUUUUAAGAUCUUAGUGAAUUGUAAAUAAACUGAUUCUUUCUUUCUAUCUAUCUAAAGUGGGAGCCAGACCCCCAGGGGUGCCGAAAGGGUGAGUGAGACAUGACAGGCUAUUGAUAGUAUGUAGAGAGGACAAGGGACUUGGAGUCAUGACGUGUCACCUAUCCUGCUAAAAGAAGACACUAAUCACCAGUCUUCACCUAGGUGGACGGGCCAUUUUUACUUAACCUGGAAAAGGAACAUGUUUAAUUUGGUACGUUUGAUACGCAACAAUCAUUUUCCAGUUCUUCUUAAAUCUUGAGAAAUGUACAGCAUCUAACACCUCCCACGUGUGUUUUAUCAGUAACAGCCACGGCGCUUUGUCAUACCGAUGACCAAAACGCUGGUGGGUUCUGAAGGUUUCAUCAGCCCGUGUCACCCGGCCCUACGCCGGCAGCCGCGGGACCCACCAGCUCCGCAAAACAGCGAGCGGAGCGGGGACCUUCCUGGCCCCUGUCCACGGGCGGUUCCCGCGAGCUCUUUCCCACUCGCCGGCCGCUCCGCACGGACGCGGGUGGGCACACACGCUUCCUCCCGAGGUCGCGUUUCCGUACAACGCACGCUGACAGGGGUAGGUCUGAGGGGAGAAGCUUUCCUCCGGUCGGCGGGGGGAAGCCCAGAAAAUAAUAAAUAAAUGAAUAAUUAAAAUAAAUGAGAAGAACGUCUUAAAACGUUGAAGUUCCCCACAGAGUAACAGCAGGAGCGGGCACCAACUCGCCGCGCACGCUGCUAGGCGACGCGCAGGCCUCGCCGCAGCUCCCGCAGGGGCCCCGGCGGGACCAACGCCCGCCGCCACGCGUCGUGUCGCGUCGCGCCGUGUCCCGCUGCCGCGCCGCCCCACGCCACGCCACGCCCCUCCCCCUCAGAGCGGGCGCGCCGGCAGCCCGCCCCGCCCCGCCCCGCCCCGUCGGGCGCGGGCACCGAUCCCGCUCCCUAGCAACGCGCCCCGUGGCGCGGCGCGGCGCUUUACGGCAGCGAGGGCGCUUCCCCCGCACCUCCCCCGCCCCCCCCGCGGCGAGACCCGGCGUUGUUGUCGUUGUCGUUGUCGUUGUCGUUGUCGUUGUCGUCGGCGCCGCCAUGUCCUCGCCGGGGCGGUCCGAGGAGGCGGACCGGACGCUGUUCGUGGGGAACCUGGAGAGCCGCGUGCGGGAGGAGAUCCUCUACGAGCUCUUCCUGCAGGCUGGACCAUUAACCAAAGUGACGAUUUGUAAGGACAAAGAAGGAAAACCUAAGUCUUUUGGAUUUGUCUGCUUUAAGCACAAAGAAUCAGUGCCUUAUGCAAUAGCUUUGCUGAACGGAAUCCGCUUAUAUGGAAGACCAAUUAAAGUGCAGUAUCGGUUUGGGAGUUCUCACUCAUCAGAACUAAACAGCCCUACACAUGGUUUUGAGAACUAUAUUGACUUACAUUCGCCUUCAUAUAGGUACCAAGAGCCUUACGGAAAUCCUCCAUUUCCUGUUACUCCUUUUCCAAUGAACAAUACUUUACCUCAUGAAUACUCAGGCUUUCAAAAGAUGAUGAACCAUUUUUUAGCACAGCAGUACACAGUACAGAGUCCAAUGGGUCAGCAAUUUCCUUACUAUCAGAUGACUCCACCACUGCCUUCAAAUUUGUCCUUUUCUCCGUAUCAGAAUCAAGCUGCAAAUUUUAAGUCUGCACAGAGUUCUUUUGAAUUGGCCCUGCCACUUUCAAGUGACUGUGAAGUGCGCCAGGUGGAUGAAAGCACCUCUAAAAGAAAGAGGGAACAGCAAAGUUUUGACAGUGACACUAGUAUUGAGGAUGACAAAAUGAGACAAAAAGAGCGUGACCAAAAAUACAAGAAGCGCAAAGCCAAGAAAAAGACACAUUAAUACUGUGUAACUGGAUUCAUCUUUUAAUUAUAUUUGCUAUUUUUGAGAGAAAUUUAAUCUUUCAUCUUUGCACUUUAUUAAAAAAGGAAUGUUCAAGAUUCAUAUUAUUUUUUAAAUGUGUUAUGCACAAAGUAUACUGAUACUUUAUUUUCAACCUAUUUGAAGAGGAAAGUACUAUUUAAGGUAUAGGAAACAGUUAAAAGAUAAAGUUUUCCUAAUAAAGGAAAAAAACUAGUUGGUUCCUUCCCACCCUUCCCUCCCAAGAAUCAUGGAAGGCUAUUAUUUCACUAAUAUAGAAACUUUAUGGAAAUAUAUAAUUUCAGCUAGACGCAUCAUUUCCAUCACUUACAGAAUGUAUUUAUGUGAAUGGUGCAAGAAUUUUUUGGAGCCAUUGAAGUGAGCAGGCUAGAAAUUCUAAGUGUCACAUCAGAGAUGUGUUCAUCAUUGAAGUAUCAACACCUAUAACUUUUUAUUGAUUUAGUUCUGUUGUUACUUUCUGUUAGGAUCACCUUGUAUGGUUGUUGGAACGUGUUUUCUUCCAGUAGCAAAUCUGAGGUAAACCAUGGACAUUUGCACUAACUACAAGACUUAUAUAUGUAUUAAUACUCAAAUGAAUGUAUGUACUUUAUGGCUGUAGUUAUGUACUGACUAAAAUACAUGCAUAUAUAUGCAUCUUUCUAUAAAGUUACUCUCUAGUGUUUUAUUUGCUUAUUUGAGAAUCUGUAUGUUCAUUGUAACAAAUGGAUGAAAAAUUUAAUUAAUAUCUCAUCUGAUGGAUAGCACAAAAUCAUGAGUCAGUGGAGUCAGUCCUGCCUCUUAAGGAGAAAAGUUUUUUCCUUGUUCAGCAGAGGAACAAUAAACUGCCUCAUGCCAUGAUGAA